AUGGCCAACGUCUGGAGCAUUCGAGGCCAAGCCCUCAAGCUGAACACGGCCGAAGAUAUCGAGAAACAUAUCGGCCCACUGCGAGACAACGCCGACAUCGAAGAAGUGCAUCUCGAAGGAAACACAAUCGGCGUCGAAGCCUCAGAGGCCCUAGCCAAAGUUCUCGAAACGAAGCAAAAGCUCAAAACCGCCAAUCUCGCCGACAUCUUCACCGGCCGUUUGCUCUCCGAAAUCCCCCAAGCACUCGACGCCCUCCUCACAGCACUCCUGAAGUGCCCAAACCUCCACACAGUUAACCUCAACGACAACGCCUUUGGCCUCAACACCGUCGAGCCUCUCCGCCCUUUCCUCAGCAAACACACCCCCUUGCAACACCUCUACCUAAACAACAACGGUCUCGGUCCAGCAGCAGGAACCCUCGUCGCCGAAGCCCUCGCCCAACUAGCAGAAAACAAAGCCGCAGCACGAAAAGAAGGCAAAAAUGUCCCCGACCUCGAAACAGUCGUAUGUGGCCGAAAUCGUCUCGAAACAGGCUCUAUGCCCGCCUGGGUAAAAGCCUACACAGCCAACAACAAAGUCAAAACAGUCAAGAUGGUGCAAAAUGGAAUCAGACAAGAAGGCAUCGCGCAGCUCCUCCAGCACGGUUUGAGCCAGUGCGUUACAUUGGAUACUCUCGAUCUCCAAGACAACACUUUCACCGCCCUCGCUGCAAAGACUCUCUCGACUGUUGUCCCAACCUGGACCGAAAUCCGUGAGCUCGCCGUAGGAGAUUGUCUCCUCUCCGCUCGAGGAGGUAGAAUGCUAGGAGAAGCACUUGCCAAAGCCGGAAACAAGAAAUUGGAAAUUCUACGAUUGCAAUACAAUGAAAUCGACGCCAAGGGUCUGAAGGCAAUUUCCGAUGCUGCAACGACAGAUUCAGCGUUGCCCCGUUUGAGAAGAGUUGAAUUGAACGGAAAUAAAUUCGCCGAGGAAGAUGCUUCGAUUGAGGCUUUGAGGAACGUGUUGGAGAAGCGGAAAGAGGAUUCUGCGGAAGAGUAUCCUGGUGUGGAUGAGGAUGAUGAGGAUGCUUGGGGAGUGGACGAGUUGGAUGAGUUGGAGGACGAGGACUCGGAUGAAGAGGAAGAUGAUGAUGAGGUAGAGGCGGAAGAGGAGAAGGUUGUCAAGGAGGCGGAUGCUGCGGAGGCUCAGCCUGUGGCGCAGAAGAAGGAUGCCGAUGUGGACGAUCUUGCGAAUGCUCUCGGUAAGACUGAGAUCAAGUGA